AUGCCCGAUAUAGAUCCUAUGCUCGAAGACUCAAAACCCGAAAUCCGGGACGAGACUGUUGACAUACAACAAUAUUCCGUGUCCGCGACGAAUGGCCAUGACAGUACGGCAGUGUAUAACAACUCGAAUUCGGACCAUCAACAAGCACAACCCGAGAAUAUCGAACCCUCCACCCCGCAUCAACAAGAUGUCCGCCCGUCCAUUACAAGUGCAGAAGAGUUGCAACUUGCCGCUCAACUUAGCCAAGGUCUUAGUCAAGGCAUGCCCACACUACCUCUCGAUCCUAAUGAAGAUUCGAACCUUCAAAAUGUGAUAGCUCAGUCUGAUGCACAUGAACCUCACCUCCAGCAACAGGAUGACCAAAUGCAGCAUGAUCACAUACCAGAACAUAAUAAUCAUAUUGAGAAUCAUAUUCAUGAACAUCAUAAUGACCAAUUGGCCCAUGCUGAUCACCCCAUGGACACCCACGACUCUUCUAUUGGCCAUAAUGAACAGCACCUACAAGAUCAACAUCCGCAACAUGAAUACUUACCUGAGCAGCACCCACAGGACCACCAUCAGAUGCAUUUAGCACCGCAGCAGUCGCACCCACAUCAGCAACCCCCUCAAAUACAGCCACAGAGCACGAUGGAGCAGUUGGCACAGCACUAUGCAGCCCAAGCUUCAGCUAUACCGGACGGUAUCCCACCGAGGAAGAGAUCUAAAGUGUCUCGUGCUUGUGAUGAGUGUCGUAGGAAAAAGGUGAAGUGUGAUGCCGUUUCGGAAAAUGGUGAAGAACCCUGUUCCAACUGCCGUCGUUCAGCGAUUCGUUGUCUUUUCAGCAGAAUCCCACAGAAGCGUGGCCCAAGCAAAGGAUAUAUUAAAGAGCUGGCAGAUCGAAUACACCACAUAGAAGGCAAAUUAGCAAGUGAAGGAGGCAAUGUCGAUAGCCUAAGUGAGCUUUUGAAUGGUGCCAGGAGAGAGUCGGCCGAUAUCUUUGGUACACCUGCGCAGCCGGAGGAGAAUAACCGUAAGAGACCGUAUUCAAACAUAUCCGGCGAGUUUACGACACCUACGAAUUCGCGUCAGGCAACAUGGAGUUCGGAGCCACGACCGAUCCAGCCUUACCAGAACCCCUCCGGAAAUUUCAGGGCGCCUCCGUAUUCUGCUAAUGGAUUGGCGCCUCAGCCUUUGUCCAAGCCCGAUUCAGAUACACCUCCCCGUCCAGCUGCUGCCAUAGAUACGACGCCGCUUGAUCUCAACCAUAAUGGCACAACUCGUGAACUAGAUGAGAGUGCUUUCAGCGGUUACCUCAAUGUAGUCCAUCCGUGUUUUCCUCUACUCGCAGCAAGCAAAACUCGUGUUGAAAGUCAAUUAGCGCAGUGCCCGCCUCUCCUUCGUGAUGCGUUCGUUGAGGCACUUUAUGGUACUAUGCAGUCUUUUGUUUCGAUCCCUGGUUUGUAUACUAAUGUCGACAUUGGCUCCGGUACACGGAUGAUAACGGAGUGGGAAUCUGACCAGACUCCGCGUACAUCGGUCAUGAACCUCGUGCAUCUUCAAACACUGAUACUGACGGCCCUUGCAACUGAUAAUUACGGCCCGCCGUCACUGAAGGGCGAACACGGAGGCCCGUCUAAAGCGUCGGUUCUGGGACGCGCUGUAGGUCUAGCUUAUUCAAUGAGGCUUCACGUUUCGGGUCUGGAGACAAGUGUCGAUGCUCCUCUAGAAUCCGAUUCAAAUGAAAACAUUGCAAUUCGAGCUUGGUGGACGUUGAUUAUGUUGGACCGCUGGAAUGCUAUUGGGACUGCAAGUCCGUUGUUCAUUCCGAAUGACAGUGUGGUUAUUCUACCUAGCCUACAGUCGGUCCUCGGUGAAAAUGUGUACCACUUAGCACGGUUGUCAAACAUUUUGGGUCACUUUGCACCGGUUGCCUUGGCUCCUCCUAAGAUUCUAUCUCCCGACUCAGGCGCUGCACCUAUCUUGAGUUCUUUUUUCAAUCUUUCCAUAGAGCUCUUUCGAGAGAUUCUUCCUCAAAGCCUCACGCCGGCCUCUCAUCCCGUACUGCACAUGGUUUACUGGCAUUGUAGAUUACUUGCAUAUCUUUUCCAGACCAACGCAAAAUCAUCCGACAUCUUAUGGCCAUGCAAAGAGACAGUGGGUCUGUUACUUACAAAUACACAGCUCCUAACCCCGUUGAAUCAUCAUUUCUUCUGCCUUGUAGCGCUAUCACUACUCGAGCUAGCCAAAGUUGAAAAAACCCGCGAUGAAGCCACAUCACUAUUAAAGCAGCUUCUAGACUCGAAUCUCGCUCCGUCCACGUGGGAUGCUGUCAUAAGGGACCGUAUAUCAGAGCAUAUCCGGCCUUCCACUGCUCAGGAUGCUGCGAACCAAAGCUUACAGCACCUUGCCGACUUAGCUACGGCGACAGAAUCUGAAGCCCCUAAACAAGAGAAGAGUUCAGAUUCCGUAUCGCUCAGGACAAGCGACAGUUAUAGUGAUAUUGGGUUUGAUCCUCGAAUAUUGACUCGAGGUGGCUACUUAAAUGUUCUGGCUGAAACUCACUCACCGAUGAUGCGGUAG